AUGGCGCCCAAUUCACACACUCUAGAAACCGACGAAAGCAGGCACGAGUCCGAUUCUGAUGAUACACCGACGGAACUCACCCCGCGGUCUACAAACAGCAGUUCCGUGGACGCUGGAAGUACGUCUGGACAUAAAACUCACCGGCCAACUGCAAGCACAGGUACCAGUACCAGCACAAUCACUACAAUACAACAAACUCAACACCCAGCUCGUAUUGGAGAUGUGAACCCGGCUUCUGUAGGACCCGGUUACGUAUCACGAGCAUUGGCUCUUUCACGGACACCAACACUCGACACACUUCAAGACGACUCUGAAUCCGAUAUGGAUUCGGAUGGACUUGGAACAACAACAUCAUCUCUCAGCUCGUACGCAGGCAGCGCAGCGGUAGGCAUGGACGGAAGCUCUAGCAGCUAUGGCAGUGGAGCUAGCGGAUCCGGUCAUGGGGGACGGAGCAGACGUAGGGGACAUGGUGGACAUGGCAGGGACCGUGAUGGCAGGUCACGAAUGGAUCCGGUGGAAUAUGUGACUGAACGAUUGGCAACAGCACUGGAUCCUGCACUACUAGACAGGGUGGUCGUUGUACAAGCACAGACGUCAGGAACGUUGAAUGCAAAGACACUAGAGAUUGUAGAACUACGAGAACGCGCAGGUGCACGCAUGGACGAGCUUAAGGUAGCAUUUGCGCAAGGACUAAAAACAGCACGCCAGGUUGCACGCGACUUGGAAUGGGCGCACAAACAUACAAAAGUGCUUAUGGAAAAGGCACGUAUAAAGUACCCUAUUGAGUAUGCUCGCGCCGAAGAAAAGAUCCGCGGAGACCCGAACUUAUGGCCGCGUGAUGAAGAAUAG